AUGAGUUUUCUCGCGGGAAGGUUAGCUGGGAAAGAAGCAGCUUAUUUUUUCCAGGAAUCCAAACAAGCAGUGGGAAAAUUAGCCAACAAAAUUCCCCUUUCAAAGACCAACAACCUCGAACAAGGUCAAGGACAUGUUCAUGCUGAUGUGCUUCCUGAGGUUCUAAGGCAUUCCCUUCCUUCCAAAGUUUUCAGAGACGACACCGCCACAGCCACAGCCAACUCAUCCUUCUCUGCAUCCAAAUGGGUCCUUCAAUCCGAUCCCAAAACUCAAUCUUCCGUAUCUCCCGAUGCUCUUAACCCUCUACGUGCUUACCUUUCAUUUCCCCAGGUCACCUUUGGCCCCAAAAGGUGGGAACUGCCUCAAGCAGCACACAUGGUUUCAGCCUCAACAGCUAAUGAAUUGCGUCAAGACAGGUAUGCAACCGUUGCUAACCCGGAAAAGUUAAAAGCUGCAGCUGAAGGUCUUGCACAUGUUGGAAAGGCAUUUGCUGUUGCCACUGCAAUCGUAUUUGGUGGUGGUGCAUUGGUAUUUGCUAUGGCGGCCUCCAAGUUAGAGAUGAAUGAUACCAGUGAAUUCAAAACCAAGGGAAAAGACUUUGUUGAGCCACAACUUGAGAAUAUCAAAAAGCAAUUUGUUCCCUUGAAAAUAUGGGCUGAGAGUAUGUCAAGAAAGUGGCGUUUGGAAAGGGAAGAUGUUAAGCAGAAGUCUAUCGUAAAGGAGCUACCUAAAAUUUGGGGUGCAAAAACAUCAGAUUGAGAUUUACAAUUUUAUUUGUUUUCCUUUUUUAGUUAUUUUCUUUAAAAAUUGUGGCAUGGGCAACGAACAUAGAUAAUUUGGAUGGAGUGUCCUCUGGCUGUUAAUGUAUCUGUUAAUGUAGAAGUUUGCGGGAAAGUGAAAACAAUACGAAGUAGUGUAUGUCAAAAAUCAUGUUUCUAGUAAAU